UGACAUUCAUUUAAGCGACAUUUAAGUAAUCUAUCACAAUUUUACUCUAAUUAAUUAUUUAUUGUAAUUGAACAGAGUAAUUUAUGGUAGAUCAAAUAUGAAGUAUGAAGGAGAAAGUGAAAAGUGUAUAAAGAGUUUCCCUCCGUCAUUCCAGCCAUCAUUUCUCUUGUAACCAUGAAUACAUCUCCCUCUCAAUAUGCAAUCAUCUUUGCAUGCGUUCUAUGCGCAGUCAUGCCCAUCACAUGCAGCCUCAAUAUUCGCUGCCACCAGAAAGACAAACAAGCUCUCUUAAACUUCAAGCAAGGAGUCAUAGAUCCAUCAGACAUGCUCUCUUCAUGGUCCACUCAACAAGACUGUUGUGAAUGGAAAGGUGUUAUGUGUGACAACAUCACAAGUAGAGUCACUGACCUCACUCUCCCAUGUUCUACAACUCUUCCUACUUAUAUUGACCAAGAAGAUAAGUCACACUGCCUCACAGGUUCCAUCUACCUAUCCUUCUUGUUGGUGGAAUUAGAAUUUCUAGAUUACUUGAAUUUGAGGAAUAAUGACUUCUUAGCUAUCCAAUUUAAUUAUUCUAUGCAUAGUUGGGAUUGUCAUAAUAACUUAUCUCUAGCUACUCCUCCUCCUCAGUGUCUAAACUCUUCAGCUAUUCGACAUCUUGAUUUAUCAGAAAACCAGAAUCUUGUCAUCAAUAGUCUCCAAUGGCUUUCCCGCAUUUCCUCCUUGGAAUAUCUCAACCUCGGCGGCGUUGAUCUUCACAAAGAAGCUAACUGGCUUCAAUUAGUGACUCCCCUUCCCUCACUUUCAGUGCUUUAUAUGGUUGAAUGUCAACUUAAAGACUUGAGUCCAUCUCUUCAAUAUGCAAAUUUUACUGCACUCAAAUAUCUUGCUCUGGCUGGCAAUGAAUUUCCCUCAGAAUUGCCUAAAUGGUUAUUCAAUCUUACUUGUGGUAUCUCUCGAAUUGAUCUUAGAAGUUGUUCUUUAAAAGGCCAACUACCAAAAGAAUUGUUAAAUAUUCAAGAUUUGGAAGCCUUGGUCUUGGAAGACAAUAACUUGAAUGGACCAAUUCCAGAUUGGUUAGGCGAACUUGGACAUCUACAAUAUCUUGUUCUCGCAGGAAACAUGUUUUCUGGAUCUAUUCCCACAAGUUUGGGAAAUCUAUCAUCCUUAAUUGACUUGCUUGUUGGCAGUAAUCAAUUGUCAGGAGCUGUGUCUCAGAGAAAUUUUGCCAAAAUGUCGAAAUUAAAGGAUUUGGAUAUAUCAUUAUCACCACCAUUAAUCUUUGAUUUUGACCCCCACUGGGUUCCACCUUUUCAACUUGAACAAAUAGCUCUCGGAUUUGUAAGUCCUCACUUUCCUGCGUGGUUAUAUACACAAAGAUCUAUUGAAAGUUUAGCUAUUUUUGAAUCGUCAUUUGAAGCCCAUGACAAAUUUUGGAAUUUUGUAUCAAGAGUGCCUGAACUUGAAAUAGAAGAUAAUUCGAUAAAUGGGAAUCUUUCAAACGUGGUGUUGAACUCUACAUUCAUAUCUUUGUCAUCGAAUGGUCUAAAAGGUUUCCUACCUCGACUAUCACCUACUGUGGCCUUUCUCGACAUAUCAAACAACCUAUUAUCAGGAAACAUCUCUCCCCUCUUGUGUAAUCAAAAGAUGUUGAAUGGGAAAAGCAAUUUGUUGUUCUUGGACAUAUCUUGGAAUCAUCUAUCCGGGGAGCUUACAAAUUGCUGGGAAAGGUGGAAUUCUUUGGUUCAUAUUAACUUGGGAAGCAACAAGUUAACAGGCAACAUACCUUCAUCAAUGGGCUUGUUAUCUAAGCUUUCCUCACUUCAUCUGCAUGAGAAUAAGCUCUAUGGAGAGAUUCCUCCCUCACUGCAAAACUGCCACUCUUUAUUGAUCUUUAAUGUUCGUGAAAAUAGUUUAUCAGGAAAUAUACCAAACUGGAUACCACAUGGUGCAAUGAUUCUCCAAAUAAGGUCCAAUAAUUUUAGUGGCAAUAUCCCAACACAGAUAUGUCAAAUGUCUUCACUUAUUAUUUUGGAUAUUGCAGAUAACACAAUCUCAGGACAUAUACCCAGUUGUCUUUAUAAUAUUACAGCCUUAGUUUUUAACCAUGCUUCCGGCAACAAGCUCACUUUUUUCUUUCCUUCAUUUCAUAAUCGUAUCUUGAUCAAUAGAGAUAGUCUUGAGCUGCUUAUAAAAGGUCAAAUAUCAGAAUAUGGAAAGAACUUACACUUUGUGACCUUAAUUGAUAUGUCAAGUAACAAUUUGUCCGGAACAAUACCUCCCCAAAUGUUGAGUCUCACUGGAUUGUUCUCCUUGAACUUGUCCCACAACAAAUUAACAGGAAAAAUACCGAAUGAGAUUGGCAACAUGAAAAAGUUGGAGUCCCUUGAUUUUUCAACAAAUCAACUUUGGGGUGAAAUUCCUAAGAGCAUGUCCAGUUUGUCCUUUCUUAGUUUCUUAAACCUGUCAUACAAUAAUUUGACAGGCAAAAUACCAUCAGGCACACAACUUGAGGGGUUCAGUGCACUCAGCUAUAUCGGCAAUCCUGAUCUCUGUGGACCUCCACUUACAAAAACAUGCCAUCAUGAUGGUAAACCUAAAGAAACAAAGGCAACAGAUGAAGGUGGGAGUGAAUCUGGAUUUUUGUCAUGGUUUUAUAUUGGAAUAGAAUCUGGAUUUGCGACGGGCUUUUUGGGAGUUUUAUGUGCCAUUUUCUUAAACACAAAAUGGAGACACGCUUAUUUCAAGUUUCUUUAUGGCUUGAGAGACCGACUUUAUGUCAUGGUGGUCAUCAAAAUGAAUUCCUUUCGUCGUUGAAUUGAACAUGUUGCAUAGCCUUACUGGCAUUCUUCAUUCUUCAAAAGGGAAUGAUCAUCAAAUACAAGGGAGAAAAGGACGUUUAUGUAAUUCUAAUGACAACCACAAGCAGUGCCUGCAUUGAUGAGCUGAAAAAUUAGGUCUUUUUAUAGUUAGUUAAUAUAUUUUCUUUCUUUAUGUAGUCGUCGUGAUGGUUUUGUUAUUUAUCUCUUUUUAUUUAUUUAUUUGUUAUGUAUUAAUGUAUUAUGCAAAACAAAUAAACAAUGAAUCAAUGGUGCAUGAGUAUUGCUUAUUAUAUAGCAUUACUAUAGGAAAUAUGUAGUUUUAACAUCCCUCUUUUAA